GUAGCGGGGGGGGGGCCACGGUUCAUGCUGAGGCGUUUUGCCCAGGGGGUGUCUCUGAGAAACGACGUGUGCGUGUGAAGUGCUUGAUACUGUUGUGUUUACCACCGCGUCCGUCUAAAUACACACUGGUUGGCAGAGCGGUACACGUCCUUUCAUAAGAACGCCAUGAACCUGCACUGAAUUCCAAGAUUAGAACUAGUUUGAUUAUUUUUUUUUAAGUGUUUCGCACAUUUUCUGAGGAUUGUUACUUCAUGUUUCAAGCCUAAAUUCAAAUUCCUUGUCUCAGAGUAAAGUGUUUUGGCACAUACCGUAUGAGAUUAAAAUGACUUAACUGUAGAGGGCUUUUUAGACUUUCGCCUUUGACCUGUACCGAAAACAAAACUCUUAUUUGGAAAAAGGAAAAAAAAAAGGUAUUUCACGUACAAUUAGAAAUGUACUGUGUAUACCAUGCAUUACAAAACAUUCAAAAUAUAUGAAAAAUACAAUACCAGGAGGUUUCAGAAGUUUUGCAUUGACAAAUCAUUUUGUUGUUUCCUUGUUCAUGGAUUUUAAAACCUGUCAGUCAUGAAGUCUGCAUUCUUCUGUGUAAAGAGUUGUAUUGUCUGUCAAUCUUACUGACAUGUUCUUCCCCUUUAGAUUAAGUCACCAUGACAAGUUUCUGACUAUAGAAUAGCAUGUUAUACACAACCGACUGAAUGAUGUGACUAUCUGGAAUUUCCCUCCAGAACUCCUCCCUCACAGUAUUCAAAUAUCCCUUCCUCGCACAAUUUUCACAUUUGACUCAGCAACCUCCCGGUUGUCCCAGUAUGGCGCAGAAGAAGCUAGCGUCCUUUUGCAAGAAGCUGCUCCGGCGGCGGGCUCUGGAAUGCGACCAGCAGGAGACCCACUUUGCCCGAUGCCUGGGCACCCUGGACCUGAUUGCCCUAGGGGUGGGCGCCACGCUGGGGGCUGGCGUCUAUGUGCUGGCUGGGGAGGUGGCCAGGGAGAAAGCCGGUCCGGCCAUCGUGCUCUGCUUCCUCAUCGCGGCCCUCUCCUCUGUCCUCGCCGGCCUUUGCUACGCAGAGUUUGGUGCUCGUGUGCCCAGGACCGGCUCGGCGUACAUGUACAGCUACGUGACGGUGGGGGAGAUUUGGGCCUUCAUCACCGGCUGGAAUCUCAUUCUCUCCUAUGUCAUUGGCACAGCCAGUGUUGCUCGCGCUUGGAGCUCCACCUUCGACAACCUGGUUGAACAGAAGAUCUCAGACUUCUUCAGAGCCUCCAUGUCCAUCAGGGUACCUGGGAAAAUUCUGGCUGAAUACCCAGACCUCUUUGCCCUCAUCUUGGUCAUGCUGCUGACUGGCCUGCUGGCGUUCGGCGUGAACGAGUCGGCGGUGGUGAACAAGAUCUUCACGGGCAUCAACCUGGUGGUGCUGAGUUUUGUCAUCGCUUCGGGCCUGGUGAAGGGAGACCAUGCCAACUGGAGCCUCACUGUCGAGGACUUUGUAAACGCAACCAACAUCACUGAUCCUGGUAUAAUUAAAAAGACAUUUGGAGAUGGGGGUUUUGCUCCAUUUGGCUUCAGCGGAGUCCUGUCUGGUGCAGCCACCUGCUUCUAUGCCUUCGUGGGUUUUGACUGCAUUGCAACAACAAGUGAAGAAGCCAAGAACCCCAUGCGCUCUAUCCCAAUUGGGAUCGUGGCCUCUCUGCUUAUCUGCUUCUUUGCCUACUUCGGGGUGUCUGCGGCCCUCACUCUCAUGAUGCCCUACUACCUGCUGAACACACAGAGCCCCCUGCCAGAGGCCUUCAGUUAUGUGCAUUGGGGCCCCGCCCGCUACAUUGUUGCCGUGGGGUCUCUGUGUGCCCUCUCCACCAGUUUAUUAGGCUCAAUGUUCCCCAUGCCCCGAGUGAUCUACGCCAUGGCUGAGGACGGCCUGCUCUUUCGCUUCCUGUCAAAGAUCAACAUAAAAACCAAGACGCCCCUUCUAGCCACCAUUGUGUCCGGUGUUGUGGCAGCCCUGAUGGCGUUACUGUUUGACCUGGCGGCCCUGGUGGACCUGAUGUCCAUAGGAACGCUUCUAGCGUACACACUGGUGGCUGUGUGUGUGCUCAUCCUCAGAUACCAGCCGGGCACCCUGGGUGUUAGUGAGAAGUUGGUGGACCUCGGGGGUCGAGGGGGGGACAGCGGGGACGAGCUAGGCCACGAGAGUGCGGGGGAGACCAAGCCGCUCCGGGAGAGGUUCACCGUGAAGAUGUUGCUGGUGCCCAGCUGUGAUGUUCCCACUGUGACCUCUGGACUCAUCGUAUAUGUCAUCACCACUGUCAUCUCUGUGCUGUUCACGCUGCUGUGUGUGGUUCUGGCUGUUUGGGGCGCAGAGGUGAUGAAUGGCCAUCCUGUCUGGCUCACCGUUUCCAUGACACUGGUAUUCCUGUCUGCGGUGUGUGUGGCCAUCCUCUGGAGACAGCCCCCAAGCAGACAAGCACUCACAUUCAAGGUGCCUCUACUCCCGUUUUUGCCACUGGUCAGCAUCUUCGUCAACAUCUACCUCAUGAUGCAGCUGGACGGCCCAACUUGGUGUCGGUUUGCUGUAUGGAUGGCUAUUGGUUUUCUCAUCUACUUCGGUUAUGGGAUGAGGAACAGUUCAGAGGCCUCUCCCAACCGCGGUAAAUUAGAACCUGUCCUGAAUAAAAGACCCAUCUAUCUGACCGUGGAUGACAGCGAGUUGGAAGAGACAACGCCAUAGAAGGUAACGCUGAUGAAGUGGGCGUCCCUCGCCCCCGACAACAUACCGCGAACGGGGGGGGUAUUUUCACAGCUGAGCGUUGUGCUACAUCAGACUGUCUUUAUUUUUUCUGUUGUUAAUUCAAGUCUUAACAUGUAGAGAUGACACCAAGUGCUACGUACAUUUUGGUUGUACUGUGUGUUCGCCGAGAGACAGUCUACCAAAAUCAACUUGCCAAACUUCUCUGUAUCUAAGCAUUUAACUGUCCCAAUUAUUAUGCCAUUUUGGUGUUGAAAAUGGUAAUGGGGGAAAUUGUUCCAGCAUUUCAACCUGUUAUUUUAGUGCCUCGUUUUUUUCUGCCGGAAUUUCCCCAAAAUGGCAUCUGAUCUCUCUCUAAUGUAUUUGUUCGUACUGAGUGCCGUAUGUGGUAUCCACCCAGCUCAAUCACUAUGAAUGUAUUGGUUUUCUCUGAGGAAAGGCAAAACCACCAUGCUUGAACUCACUGAAUGUACUCUCGAGGGAUGGUUGAUCAUGAAAUGAAUUUGUUUUACUUGACUCUCCUUACUAAAAAAAAAAGAAAUAUUUCUCAUUUUGAGAAAACCUUUUUUUUUUCAUAGAGAAUAUUUUUUUAGCAAUUAUGAAUUGAUGUUGGUUUCGAUAUUUCUACAGAACCAUGCAUAAAUAUAUUUUUCAUAGGCCUACAUACAGUAGAUAUUUAUGUAUGCUACACUUUAUUUAGUGUUACAUGAAUUACAUGAAUAUAUUAUUAAUUCAGUAAGAAUAUUUUGGCUCUGUUCACUAAUUUGUGUUUUGACCCAUCUGAGUAUAGAUUACAGAACUUGAAAAAGACUAGAUACACUAGGAUGGGGUAAUGAACAAGAGGUAAAAUGACUAGUUGAUAACAUUACUACUUGUUGAUAUUACUAGGUGCAGCCUAAGUAUAAAUUCUGGAGUUACAGGAGUUACACAUAAAGGCUUUCAGACUUGAAA